UCUCUACGUCGUCAGUUGUGUUCGGACCUCAAACCGAAGUGUAUUGAAUUCGGGUCCGGGUUUCAGUUCAAUUCGCAACAGCCGUCGUGAUUGGACGUAUGGCGUCAGUGUUCUUGUAGUGGAACUUCCUAUGAGCCGGACAGAUGGCGACCACGCUCACAGGGUUGGGGUUCGUCUGGGCCUUUCUAUCCUUGGCCGCAGCCAUCACAUGUUGCUCAGGCUUCUAUCUGCCGUUCUGGAUUCAGGGAAAGCUGAUGGGAAAGGUGGACGCUUACUUCAGCUCGUUCCGAAGAUGUAACUAUCCUAGGGUGACGUCUCAGGGUGCGGUUGAGAUCGUAAUGGAGUGUGGAAGAUAUUCCAGGUUCUGGGAUAUCCCUAGUCCCUGGUGGCAGGCCAGUACAGUCAUGGUAGGCACCGGAAGUGCACUCAGUCUUCUAGUAGCUGUUACUGCUGUAUCUGCCUGCUGUAUUACAUACGUAGUUCACACAUCCUCCGCUAGGAUAGCUGGAGCGCUACAGCUCUUCGCUGCACUGCUCGUGAGUGGAGGUGUGGCGCUUUACCCCAUUGGUUGGGACAACCGAGAAGUUAGAGAUUGUUGUGGCAACACGUCCCACGUUUAUAGACUUGGCACAUGCCAGAUCUCAUGGUCCGUGUACUUGCUGAGCGUAGCCGUGCUGAUGCUCCUCUUGUGCUUCUGCCUCAGCUUCUGCGCCUCUCAAGUGAAGCCAGGCUGCUUCAGAACGUGAGAUUAUCGACCGGGGUGACCCAACGCUCCACCGUCACCUCGGUCAAAGUUCUAACAGACUAUAACAACCUAAGAAUCAGUAUUCAGUGUAAAUAGUGAGUCUGUAUCCAUAUAAGAAUAUUGUUGCAAUUUUAAAAGUACAGAUGGCCAUACCGAGUUGAGUGAGCAGCUUAAGCAUUUAUUUCAAACUCCCUUGAGAUUUCCAACCAUACCAUGUACAGAAUUCACGCUAUAACCAAAACCGCAUUUCUAGGGAGAGCUACGUUCUUGCACAACCAUUCACCACACUCGGUGUCGCCUUCUUUACUCAGGUCCUUCUAUGAGCCGUCCUCUUUAGUGAUACCUAACCGUGCUUGAUGUUUCUUUGGAGUGGUGUUCACAUAAGUGUGUAGAAACAGUUGUUGAAUGUAUAGGCCACGAUACAACAAAACAUAAUGACAAUUUUGUUUACGAAUAUAUAUCGAGAAAGUUCACAUCUGUACGGUAUUUUUUAACAAAUUUUAAAUUCCAAAGAACUAGUAUCGAAUAACAAUCACCUGCAUUAAUGAAAUAACCUAAGGACCUUUUGCUUACUGAUUUUUCAGCUUAAAACAAUAAAGCAAUGCCAUAUGUUAUUUUGUAAACUUCAUAAGCUUUAUUAGCCAAAGACAUGUUCAAUAUGACUAAAAGUACACUGUUCUUUAUUUAAAAUGUACUUCUUGUAAUUAAACGUUUUGUCGAUAAACAAAGUGGUACCAAUCAUUGCAAUGGUAUUGGUUCCAAACCUAGUUGUAUGAAAUAUGCUCAAGGCAAGUCGCGAACUGACUUUACCAUUAUGCUCAAGUUUCUUAAAGUAAGUAACUAUAAUCUAGCCUAAGUGUUAUCGAACAAGCAUGUUAGAACUUGGAUAUUUGAUCUAAACUUUCAGUUAUAAUCUUAUAAGAUCAUAAGCAUCCCUGUUCUAUAUUCAAUUUGUUCUGUACUACUUUUGCAUUUUGUUGGUUACAACAAUGUAUAUAAAUAACGAAGCAUCAAAUUAUAAAAAUAUAGAGUAAAUAAUUAUGUACAUAGUUUAUAAAAUAAUGCAUCGAUGACAAUUAAUAUUAAAAAUUUUAUGUAAGUGUAACAAUGUACCAUAGAUUGUAUGUUUAUAAUGUUAAGAGUUAAAAUACAAAUGUAUAGCACUGGAGCGAGAUAUUUUUGUCAACGAAUGAUUAGCAAAUAUAUAUAUUACUGUUUUA